AUGAGCGAGGCUACUUACGCUUUCGGUGGUGAGCGGGUAUGGAAUCCCAUCGUUCAGAUCCGUCCUGCUGCCGAACUAGACAAGAUGGUUGGUCCAGGCAGCGAAACUCGUCAUCCAAUCGUUUCAUGGAGAGCUUGUAUCAAAUCGAAAGAUGGGUCAUUGGCACAAGAAACAAUGCAAAUGAAAGCCACUAAGGUUUCUUUCGAUCGUCAUGGAGAUUCAGUCAAGUUCCGCUUCCUUGUGACAGGAUAUGAGCAAACGGCCAAGGAAGAGGUUGGCGAGUGCAAGGCUGAGGACUUUUCCACAUCGUCGUUGCUUACAACUCAAGAGCUCCGUUUGACUACUCGUGUGAAUUGGGAAACAUCAAGUUUCAAGUGGAAAAGCAAAUCCUCUGCUGGGCUUGCCACUCGAACAGCUGUUGUAGAGUGCAAAUUCAACGAUGACAACAUGCAGCCCUCGGAUAUCCUUCGCAUCGAAGUGUUUUCUCCAAAAACAAGCGAGUUUGAUAAAGGCAAGAGACUUAUCAAGGCCUUGGAGUGGGGCAAGCUUGUGGUGGAUGCCAACCUUAAAUUUCAAGAGCUGAUUCGCGACGACGGAAUGUAG